GCCUUCGAGUACUGCGACAUCGACUUGCUGAAUUUGAUGAAGAAGUACAGCAUGAACAUCCGGGAAGCGAAGUACGUAAUUUUUGAGCUUCUGCUGGCGGCCUCGUACUUGCAUGGAAAUAAUUACCUACACAGGGACAUAAAACCAGAGAAUAUAUUUAUAAACUCGUGUGGUGAAAUUAAGUUGGGGGACUUGGGACUGUCUGUUGAAAGGACCGAAAAUAUGACUCCCACUGUGGUGACACGCUGGUACAGAUCGCCGGAAAUUUUACUUCAGUCGAAGAAUUAUGACCAUAAGGUGGACGUAUGGAGCUUGGGCUGUCUUUUCGUGGAGUUGAUAACGGGCAGUACAUGUUCAUAUUGGAGUGAACCACACCAGUGUGUUAAACAUAAAUACUCGCGUCACUUUUUCAACCUUUUUUGCAAAAAUAAAAAUGCCUCUUGCGUAAACAUCCCAAGGCCAUUAUUCCCCGGGAAGAAUGACGAAUCACAGCUGGAUCUGAUUUAUGUGGUUCUUGGCGAUAAGAGCAAGUUGCCCGUUGGGGACGAAGACCGGCAUAGGAUGUUUCCCUAUUUUGAG